AUGGGCGAUUGGCGAUUGGCGAUUGUCAUUCUCAGCGGUUGCGCAGCGCGGAUUGUUAGUGCUGUCGGCUUUGAAUCCUGCGAUUGGAGGGCAAUUCUCGGUGGAGUCUGGCGUGUGAUCGCUGACACAACGGUCUCUGGCAAUGCCACGUUAAGUCAGCUUUGUGAAUCCCCUCAUCUGGCAUCCUCUGGCAUGCCUUGGCAGCUGCUCGCGUUCAUGCACGUGUGCGCUGUGAAGCCUGAGAAGUGGGUGAAGCCGAGGGAGGAGUUGUGCCUACCCACGGAAUGGGGAGGCAUGGAUAAGAAGCCGAAGGUGGGGCGCCCGGGUAGCGCAGUCGACUGUUUACCUCUCCUUCGAAAGGCUAUGAGGACAAAAGUGCAGAUGAGGCCGAGGAGGAUGGUGGUGGCCACGGCCAGACAGAUAGUUGCGGCCCAAAAUGCAAUAGGCGAUGAGAAAAUGGCGAUGCGAUCAGCAGAGCGCGGCUCAGCGAUCUCGAAGCUGGAGAUGAUGGCUUCGAAGCGCGAGGACGAUGCAGCCUCAGCGGUGGACACAGAAGAAGUGAAUCCAGGCAAUCCUCGGCCGACAAAAUUUGAUGCCACAAGAUUGGCCUGA